AUGAUGAAACUCAUCGUCCUCGCCUUCGCGCUCGUCUCCAUGGUAUCAGCCAAGCCAGCUCUGGUCGCCGCUCCUCUGGUGGCCGCCCCAGCUCCUAUUGUGACAGCCAGCAGCUCUCAGUACUUCCACCGCAUUAACAAUGGUCUCGCUGCCUACGUCGCUGCUCCUGCCGCCUACGUCGCAUCAGCUCCCUAUGUAGCUGCCUCCUCUCCUUAUAUCGCCGCGUCACCUUAUGUAGCAUCUCCCUAUGUCGCGUCUCCCUACGUCGCUUCCCCUGCUGUUGUUGCUGUUUAA